AUGGCGUCUUCAUCCAAUAACCGUGGCUGGGAACUCCAGCCAAAAGAUGCCAAACUAGCACUGGCCGAGGACAAAUGGGACGACUGCAUGGCCUGCAGGGUGACCGGCUCUGCUGCAUUCAUCGGUGCCGGUAUCUACAGCUACCACAGCGGCAUGACCAACCUUCGCAAACAAGAGAAGAGCAUUAUGCAAAGCACAUCAAAAUACAAGAUGGGCUCGCGCCAGCUCGGAGUUUCCGCCAUCGCUGGAACACUCAUUGCCAUGGGUGUCUACCGAGCAUUCAAUUGA